CCAUUAUAUAUACAUGGGAAGCCCUAGCUCACUGCGGACGUUUCCCCGUCAUUUUCUUUGAUCCUACCAUUCCGUUCAUCUCUCUCUCUCUCUCUCUUCCCCCCGACUAUGGAGGUCUUCUCUGCCCAAUCCUUCCUCCUCUUCUUCCUUCUUUCUCUUUACGUCUAUCUCCUCUUUAACAGUACUUCCAAAAAGAAAUCCAUCAACAAAGGUUUUAAGUCGUACCCCAUACUCGGAACGCUGCCUGAAUUUUUGCAAAACCGACACCGUUUUCUUGAUUGGACAACAGAAACUCUCAGUAGCUGCCCCACAAACACAGCUAUAUUUCGACGUCCCGGCAGGAUUCACGGUGUCAUCACCGCAAACCCAUCCAACAUUGAGCGCAUGCUCAAGACCAACUUCGAGAACUAUCCCAAAGGCGACCGCGUCAUCACUCUUCUCCAAGACUUUCUUGGCCGAGGAAUCUUCAACUCCGACGGAAAACUCUGGAAGGUCCAGAGAAAAACCGCUAGCUAUGAAUUCAACACCAAAUCGCUGCGCAACUUUGUCAUGGAAAACGUAACCGUGGAGACCAAUACGAGACUUAUUCCGAUUCUGACAAGAGCCUCAGAAACAGCACGCGUCUUGGAUUUGCAGGACAUUUUGGAGCGCUUCGCAUUCGACAACGUUUGCAAACUGGCGUUUAACGUCGACCCAGGCUGUCUUGGCGGUGAUGGAACCUCCGGAGCGGGGUUCAUGCGGGCUUUCGAGGACGCUGCAUCGCUUAGCUCCGGAAGGUUCAUGUAUGUCAUCCCAGUUAUGGCAAAGAUUAACAAGUUUCUCAACAUAGGACCAGAGCGAAGGCUAAGAAACGCAAUUAAGAUUGUCCAUGAAUUUGCGGAUGAUAUUAUUCAGUCGAGAGCGGAACAGAAGGUUGAAAAAGAAGCAGACCUAUUGUCCCGUUUCAUGGCAAACGAAGAAAACUCGCCCGAAUUUCUCCGGGAUAUCGUCAUAAGCUUCAUUCUUGCAGGACGGGACACGACCUCUUCGGCUUUGAGCUGGUUCUUUUGGCUCCUGUCGUCGAGACCCGAAGCGGAGCGAAACAUAUUGCAGGAGCUGGAAAAAAUACGAGUUCAGAAUGGAAAAGAUAUAGGCGAUUCGUACAGCUUUGACGAGCUCCGGGAGAUGCAUUAUCUGCAUGCGGCAAUCACUGAAGCCAUGAGACUGUACCCCCCCGUACCGGUAGAUAGCAAAGCUUGUCUAAACGACGAUAUCAUGCCGGACGGCACGUUUGUGAAGAAGGGAUGGUUUGUGACGUACCACACGUACGCGAUGGGGAGGAUGGAGAGCAUAUGGGGAGAAAAUUGCCGUGAGUUUUUGCCGGAAAGAUGGCUAGAAAAUGGAGUGUGUCGGCAAGAGAGCCCGUUUAGGUUUCCAGUUUUCCAUGCCGGACCGAGAAUGUGUCUGGGAAAAGACAUGGCGUAUAUUCAGAUGAAAUCGAUUGCGGCAUCAGUGAUGGAGAGAUUUGAGAUCGAAGCGACGGAUAAGGACAAAGAUCUGGAGCCUUUGUUGUCAUUGACUCUGAGGAUCAAAGGUGGCUUACCCGUGAAUGUGAGGAAGAGAUCAGCCUGUGUGGAUGCCGACAAUUGAUGAUCAUCUCCACAUGAAUUAUAUGGUCCAGAUUAUACAAAA